CCUGCACGUGGCUCUGUGCCUGGCUUGGUCCCCGCCGUGACACUCAGCAAGUGCACUCCGGGGUACAUCAGGUUGGGGUGACACCAUGCCCACGGGGGACAGCUGUGUGUGAACGUCACCUUCAGCUGCGCUCAUCAGAGCCCACAGCCUUCUAGAUCCACCGGGCGGAGAUACGCGGGGCACGGAGAAGCGCACGGUCCUGGCUGGUCCCAUGGACGCCCACUCAGCUGCACAGAGCAGCCAACCACUGGCCCCGCCUGAGGAAGAAGAGGACCCCAACUUUUGGAACCAAAAGGCCAAGGAGGCCCUGGCCACUGCCAGGACGCUACUGCCUAGCCAGACGGCCGCCAAGAACCUCAUCUUCUUCCUGGGAGACGGGAUGGGGGUUUCCACGGUGACGGCCGCACGGAUCCUGAAGGGGCAGAUGACUGGCAACCUGGGACCUGAGACACCCCUGGCCAUGGACCACUUCCCCUACCUGGCUCUGUCCAAGACAUACAGCGUGGACAGACAGGUGCCCGACAGCGCUGGCACAGCCACAGCCUACUUGUGCGGGGUCAAGGCUAACUACAGGACUAUCGGCCUGAGCGCAGCCGCCCGCUACGACCAGUGCAACACAACCUGGGGCAACGAGGUGCUCUCGGUGAUGUACAGGGCCAAGAAGGCAGGGAAGUCCGUGGGGGUGGUGACCACCACACGGGUGCAGCACGCCUCGCCAGCGGGCACCUACGCACACACGGUGAACCGCGACUGGUACUCGGACGCCGACAUGCCUGCCUCGGCGCGGCAGGAGGGCUGCCAGGACAUCGCCAUGCAGCUCAUCUCCAACAUGGACAUCGACGUGAUCCUGGGUGGGGGCCGCAAGUACAUGUUUCCCAGGGGGACCCCUGACCCUGAGUACCCAACUGACUCCAGCCAGACCGGGACCAGGUUGGAUGGGCGGAACCUGGUGGAGGAGUGGCUGACAAAGCACCAGGGGGCCCGGUACGUGUGGAACCGUGCAGAGCUCCUGCAGGCGACUCAGGAUUCCAGCGUGACACACCUCAUGGGCCUCUUUGAGCCCUGGGACAUGAAAUAUGAGACCGAGCGAGACCCUGAGCAGGACCCCUCCCUGUUGGAGAUGACCGAGGCCGCACUGCACCUGCUGAACCGGAACCCCUGCGGCUUCUACCUCUUCGUGGAGGGGGGCCGCAUCGAUCACGGUCACCACGCAAGCAAUGCUUUUCGGGCGCUCACUGAGACCAUCAUGUUCGACUCUGCCAUUGAGAGGGCGGGCCAGCUCACCAGCGAGCAGGACACGCUGACCCUGGUCACCGCCGACCACUCCCACGUCUUCAGCUUCGGGGGCUACACACUGAGGGGCAGCUCCAUCUUCGGGCUGGCCCAGGGCAAGGCCCAGGACGGCAAGAACUACACCUCCAUCCUGUAUGGCAACGGCCCAGGCUAUGCGGUGAGAGGCGGCAGCCGCAGGGACGUGAACGAGAGCCAGAGCAGGGACCCCGAGUACCUGCAGCAGUCAGCCGUGCCCCUGUCGUCAGAGACCCACGCCGGCGAGGACGUGGCUGUGCUGGCGUGCGGGCCGCAGGCGCACCUGGUGCAUGGUGUGCAGGAGCAGAGCUACCUCGCCCAUGUCAUGGCCUUCGCCGCCUGCCUGGAGCCCUACACCGACUGUGCCCUGCUGCCCCCCGGCGGCCACACCAACUCCGCCAGCCCGGGGCCAGCCGCGGGACCCUGGCUUCUGAUGCUGGCGGGGAUGUUGCUGCAGCUGUUCCUGCUGGGGGCGGCGGCGCCCUGACCCGCCUGGCUCCCACCACAGGGUCCAGUGCGGGGCUCCUGCGCCCACCCCCCAAGGGGUUCCCUCCUGGGCCACCAGGAUGUCCUCAGUCCUGUCCCUGCCUGGCCUGCCACCUCCGGGCCCCUCCCACAC